AUGAGAAAGCAACUAUCUUACCGCUGGCAAGUGGAUAUUUGUCAAAGCGACCCAAGUACCGCAUUUUUACGGGCUGCACGAGCUGGACAAUUGGAAAAAGUUUUAGAAUUUUUAGAAUCGGGAGUUGAUAUCAAUGCAUCAAAUGCUAAUGGAUUAAAUGCACUUCAUUUGGCGGCCAAGGACGGCCAUUCGGAGAUUGUACGUGAAUUGUUGACGCGCGGUGCAAUUGUAGAUGCAGCUACUAAAAAGGGUAACACAGCUUUACACAUUGCUUCACUUGCGGGUCAAGAGGAAGUAGUACAAUUACUUGUUCAACGAGGAGCUUCUGUAAACGCACAAUCGCAAAAUGGUUUUACUCCACUAUACAUGGCAGCGCAAGAAAAUCAUGACUCUGUUGUUAAAUUUUUGCUCAGUAAAGGAGCUAAUCAGACUCUUGCAACUGAGGAUGGUUUCACUCCGUUGGCUGUUGCGAUGCAGCAGGGACACGACAAGGUCGUUGCAGUACUCCUGGAGAACGACACGCGAGGCAAAGUGCGACUUCCCGCCCUUCACAUUGCAGCUAAAAAAGAUGAUUGCAAAGCUGCUGCUUUGCUUCUUCAAAACGACCACAAUCCCGACGUUACAUCGAAAAGCGGUUUUACACCGCUGCAUAUUGCUGCCCAUUAUGGCAACGAUCGAAUCGCCUCUUUGCUUUAUGAUAAAGGAGCCGACGUUAACUUUGCAGCUAAACACAACAUAACGCCUAUGCACGUCGCUGCAAAGUGGGGCAAAAUAAAAAUGGUUAAUUUAUUGAUGAGCAAAGGAGCGAAUAUUGCAGCGAAAACACGCGACGGCUUAACGCCGCUUCAUUGUGCCGCACGUGCCGGUCAUCAUGAAGUCGUAGACAUUUUAAUAGAAAAAGGAGCACCCAUUGGUUCUAAAACAAAAAACGGCCUGGCACCACUUCACAUGGCGUCUCAAGGCGAUCACGUGGAUGCUGCUCGUAUAUUACUUUAUCAUCGGGCUCCAGUUGAUGAAGUCACAGUCGAUUAUCUAACAGCGCUUCACGUAGCGGCACACUGCGGUCACGUUCGCGUAGCGAAACUUUUACUGGAUCGCAAUGCUGAUCCAAAUGCCCGUGCAUUAAAUGGUUUCACACCUUUACACAUUGCUUGCAAGAAGAAUCGAAUCAAGGUUGUGGAACUAUUGUUGAAGCACAAGGCCAGUAUCGAGGCCACCACAGAGUCAGGUCUUACGCCUCUGCAUGUCGCAAGUUUCAUGGGAUGUAUGAACAUUGUGAUAUACUUGUUGCAAAACGAAGCUAGUCCCGAUAUACCAACUGUUAGAGGGGAAACACCACUCCAUUUAGCAGCCCGUGCAAAUCAAACCGAUAUUAUCAGGAUAUUAUUGAGAAAUGGAGCUCAGGUUGACGCUCGAGCAAGAGAAGAGCAGACUCCACUUCAUGUUGCUUCUCGUCUAGGUAAUGUCGAUAUUGUUAUGCUUUUACUACAACACGGAGCUGGAGUUGAUGCUACCACGAAAGACUUGUACACGCCUCUUCAUAUUGCUGCUAAAGAAGGUCAAGAAGAGGUUGCAUCCGUUCUAUUAGAAAAUGGAGCUUCGCUUACUGCUACAACUAAAAAAGGCUUUACUCCACUUCAUCUUGCUGCUAAGUACGGUAAUAUGAACGUUGCGAGACUAUUAUUGCAGAAAAAUGCACCAGUUGAUGCUCAGGGGAAGAAUGGCGUUACUCCACUUCAUGUAGCUUCUCAUUAUGAUCAUCAAAACGUUGCCCUUUUACUACUUGAACAGGGUGCGUCACCUCACGCUAUGGCUAAAAAUGGUCAUACACCACUUCAUAUUGCAGCACGAAAAAAUCAAAUGGAUAUUGCAACGACGUUAUUAGAGUAUGGAGCUAAAGCAAAUGCCGAAUCUAAAGCUGGUUUCACCCCUCUCCAUCUUAGUGCUCAGGAGGGACAUACAGAUAUGUCAACAUUAUUAAUUGAACAUAAAGCAGAUACGAAUCAUAAAGCAAAGAAUGGACUUACGCCGCUACAUUUAUGCGCACAAGAAGACAAGACUAAUGUAGCGACAAUCCUUAUGAAAAAUGGUGCCGAAGUUGAUGCUAAAACUAAGGCCGGAUAUACACCCUUACACGUGGCAUCUCACUUCGGUCAAGCAGCUAUGGUACGUUUCCUACUGAGGGCGGGUGCAGCAGUAGACAGUAGUACUGGAGCCGGCUAUACCCCAUUGCAUCAAGCUGCACAGCAAGGCCACACGCUUGUUAUUAACUUACUACUCGAAAGUAAAGCCAAGCCUAAUGCAGUUACAAACAAUGGACAAACUGCUUUAGCGAUUGCACAAAAACUUGGUUAUAUUAGUGUUGUCGAAACGCUCAAAGUUGUAACAGAAACAAUUAUUACGACGACACAUACGACCACGAUUGAAGAAAAAUACAGAGUUCAAGCACCAGAAUCUAUGCAAGAAACGUUUAUGAGUGAUAGUGAAGACGAAGGUGGUGGUGAUGAGAUCGGCACUGCGGCCAUGAAUGUGUACGGACAGCCGCCUCACGCGCAACAUGUGUACCUCCCUUCUUACUACCAGGGCCAAAUGACCUACACUCGCGAAGAUCCAAUGCUCAGCGACCAACAGCAAUAUCGUUACAUGACUGUUGAUGACAUGAAGUCAAUGGGAGACGAUUCAAUGAGAGUAAACGUCACUGACGAUGAGAGGGACAAUCGACAUUCCGGAGGAGCCACGGUUACAGAUAUGAUCACGAAAGAAAACUAUCAUCGCUCGAAUGCUGCGAAUCUUAAGCCUGAUAAUAUUGACAUCAAUAGGCAUCCAGUUCACGUUGGCUUUUUGGUUUCGUUCCUGGUGGAUGCUCGUGGUGGAGCAAUGCGAGGAUGUCGUCACAGUGGUGUACGAGUUAUUGUACCACCACGCAAAGCAGCGAUGCCGAUGAGAAUUACCUGCAGAUAUCUCAAGAGAGAUAAAUUAACGAAUCCACCUCCUUUAAUGGAAGGUGAAGCGCUUGCCAGUCGAAUACUUGAACUUGGACCAGUUGCGGCCAAAUUUUUGGGGCCCGUUAUCAUCGAAGUACCACACUUUGCUUCUCUUCGAGGUAAGGAAAGAGAGAUUGUGAUUCUUCGAUCAGACAAUGGAGAGACCUGGCGCGAGCACACCCUGGAAGCUAGUGAGGAAGCUGUUCAGGAUGUGCUUAAUGAGAGCUUUGAAGGAGAAGAACUAAGCCAGCUAGAAGAUCUUCAAACGUCACGAAUCGUACGUAUUCUCACGGUUGACUUUCCCCAUUAUUUCGCCGUGGUGUCGCGGAUUAGACAAGAAGUUCACGCGGUUGGUCCUGAGGGUGGAACUGUUUCAUCAUCAGCGGUACCACAAGUACAAGCCGUGUUUCCACCAGCGGCGCUCACUAAGAAAAUUAGAGUUGGCCUACAGGCUCAUCCAAUACCUGCGGAAUUGGUGGCUAAACUCUUGGGAAAUCGAGUAGCAGUAUCGCCCAUCGUGACUGUUGAACCACGCCGUAGAAAAUUCCAUAAGCCCAUUACAUUGACUAUACCCGUGCCACAAGCAGCCAACAAGGGCAUGAUUAAUCAGUACUCUGGCGAUGCACCAACUUUGAGGCUUCUGUGCAGCAUAACUGGGGGUCAGUCACGGGCGGUCUGGGAGGAUGUAACCGGCUCUACGCCCCUAACUUUCGUCAAGGAUUGUGUGUCUUUUACCACUACCGUAUCCGCAAGAUUUUGGCUCAUGGACUGUAGGAAUAUUACCGAGGCUACGCGAAUGGCCACCGAGCUUUAUACCCACGCCACACAUGUACCUUUCAUGGCCAAAUUCGUAGUGUUUGCAAAACGAGUUGACCCACUGGAGGCGAGAUUACGUGUCUUUUGUAUGACAGAUGACAAAGAAGACAAAACUUUGGAGCAUCAGGAGCAUUUUACAGAAGUAGCAAAAAGCCGUGAUGUUGAAGUACUCGAGGGCAAAACUCAAUACAUGGAGUUUGCCGGUAACCUUGUACCCGUUAUGAAGAGCGGUGAACAACUUCAGUUACCCUUCCGGGCGUUUAAGGAGAAUCGCGUGCCUUUCACGGCAAGAGUAAAAGAUCCAGAUGCAGCGGACAUGGUUGGUAGAAUAAUGUUUAUGAGUGAACCAAAGGUGGCCAAGGGCGAACCACCACAAUUACCAAUAUGUACGUUGAAUAUCUUGUUACCGGAAAAAAUUUCACCUGAGACUGGGCAUUCUGAAUUAGAUUUACUUGAAUUAUCCAAGAAUUAUAGCUUCUUACGUGAUGGCGGUAUAAGUCGUCCGGAUACAAUUCAUAGAGCGACUAUCCGUCUGACGGAUAUUGCGAAUCUCCUUGAUCGUGACUGGGAAAAAUUAGCCGAAGAACUUAACGUAUUGCCUGCUGAUGUCAAUUUAAUUAAAGAUGAAUAUCCGGGUAAACCAGCACUUCAAGCUGCUGCUAUGUUUAAAUUGUGGCAGGGCAAUGGCAAUAAAGUAACUGAAAUGUUUAUAACUCUCUACCAAGCCUACGAGAAUCCAUCAAUCUCGGGUUACACAAGUGAACUUCACUUGCUAUUCAACAGAGCAUUACCUUCACGAGUCCAAAUAACUCGAGAACGAGGAAAUACACUUGAGAAGGCACUGAAUAAAAUCGGCCGAGAGGACAUAGUGAAAAAAUGUAUAUUCAAUGUUGAGCUUGUUACUGAUGAUGUUGAAAAAGCAGUAGCAAGAGUCAGAUUAGAACAACCAGGUUUUGAUUCACUCAAAGAAGAGUUGGGACCUUCAAGGGAUUCAUCACUUCGACCAAAACAGCAGCACAUAACAAUUACGAACGGCACUGUGUUCAAUGGUACCUCAACCCCAAUAAAAGAUAAAUACGCAAGUGAAGAAAAAGAUCUUGGCGACGAUAUGGCGGAAUUUCUGGAACAUAAGUAUUACGUCACGGAUACAAUGACUAAAAAAUCACGCGACGAAGUUGACGAUGACAGAAAAAAUCGACAGAGGGUUAUUGAGGAUGCUAAUAGACUAGUAACUGGUGUUAUACAAGACGCUGAGAAAGAGAAGGAGAAAUUAAUGAUGGAGGGGUUGUCGGGGGUUUAUCGAGAAGGGGGUAAAGAGGCAGGAGGUGCAAUAGACGUUCGUGAUGGUGAUAGAUUAGUUUAUGAUGUUGAAGGUAUUAUAGUUAAAGAGACAGUAACUCGCGGGGAAGAAUCUGUCGAGCCGGUCAUUACAAAAAAAAUAAAACCAAACAUGAUUGAUGAUUCUAGUGGUAAGGGUAAAAUUAUUUCAAAAACUAUUGUAACAACAAGUACGGGUGAUCCAGAUUCUGGAUCAUUUACAAAAACUACAACAGUGCGUGAAAUAUCUCCUGGACAGUCAUCUUUCUUUGGUGUUGAUGAUCCUAUUAUUGGAGUAAAUGUGACGCAACCAACAUUAGAAGAAUCAAGUAAAGUUGUCGUAACGAAGACAACUAUUACAACUGGACCCAUUACUGAGGAGAAAAUUGUUACUACAAAAGUAACAACUACUAUACCGGAAGCGCAGACGAUUGCGUUUGACACAAACGUUCCAAUCGAUCGCGCAACGGAACAAGCCAAAAGCAUCUCCAGAGUCAUUGUUGACUCUGUUUCGAUGCCGGCUGAAAAUAUAAGCACGAGUGAAAAAGAAAAAUUUUCUAAAGAAGAUAAAGAAGUUGCUGAAAAGUCAACAAAAAAAACAAAUACAGUCAUACCGGCUAAUAAAGAAGAUAAGAUUGAUAAAAAAACGAAAAAGAUUAAUGAAGAUUCAAGAAAAUCAGUAUAUGACGAUGUUUAUAAUCAACCGGAUGAUACUAAAGAAGAAAGCAAGAAAAAAGAAAAAGGCGGUAUAUUUUCUGGCAUCUUUAAGGGACCAAAAUUGAAGAAAGGAAAAUCGAAAGAUUCUCAAGAUCCUUCUUUUGACAGUGGUGAUGAAUCAAUAAAAGUAGCAACUCAAGAAUUUUUAGAGGAUACCAGAAAAAUUGCUGAACCAAUCAAAGAAUCACCAUCUUAUCCUGCUUUUGAUCCUGAUACAUAUAUAGCUAUUUGCCCUCAAAAGCUACCGGAAAAUGAACCAAAUCGUGAUCCGAUUUGGGCUACUGCAGAUUUUUUGUAUGAUUCAAGAAGAAGUGCUGAAGCCUUUGUCCCUGAAUAUCUAAUACCUGAAAAACCCGAGUUAAAGAAAUUGGAUACUGAAAAAUCUUCAGAUAAGGAAAAAGAAAAUAAAGAAAUUCCAACAGAGUUGAAAGAUAGCAAAGAAAAACACGGAUUUUUCACGAAUCUUUUUAAAACUUCGAAAAAAGUUGAGAGUGAUGUAGAUUCUGAUAAUGAAAAUGCUAAAAAAUCUUUUGAACCUAUUGAAGAAAAAGCAAAGAAAGAUAUCAAAAAUCUAAAAGAAAAAAUCGAUGAUGAUAUUAAAGAGUCUGUCAAUGAUUUAGAGGAUAAAUCCAAAGAUGAUGUUGACUCAAUACUACGACGAGAUAAAAAAAUUGAUGAUGACAUUGAUAGGAUGAAACAAAGUAUUCAUAAUACUGGUAAAUCUAUUGACAUUGACUUGAAACGUUUGAGCGGAGAAAUUAAAACGCUUAACGACAAAAUGAAAAAUUCAGAAGAAACAAUUAAAAGAGAGACUAAACAAGUUGAAAGUGACAUUAAAGCAGACAUUGAUGAUCUCGAUGAAAUAAAGGAAAAGUCAGGUGGCUUCUUCGGUAUUUUCCGUAGUCCAAAAUCAAAAGACAAAAGACGAAGUAGAUCAAAAGACAAAGAUACAAAAGAUAUUUCAUUUGAUAGUGGUGAUGAAGAAUUAAGAAUCGUUACUAAGACUUUUUUGGAUGAUACAAAGAAAGUUGCCGACAAAUUAGCUCAAGACGAUGGUUCAAAAAUAAUUUCCGAGACUCAAAUGGAGAAAAUUGAAAAAUUCGUUUCCGUCACAGAAGAUUCAGAUGUACCAAUUGACAAAUUAAAAAGCACAUCUUAUGAUGUCAAAGCAUCUCCUACUAAAACUUCAACUGUCCUUACAGCAGCUACUGGUGUUAUUGCAAGACCUGAAGAUGAUACUAAAAAUAGUGAUAGACACACUCCAAAAGUUUCAGAAAUGAAUCAAACUGUAUUUACAAAAGAUCCAAAUACAGAAAAAUUAGAAAAGGCUGAGAAAAGAAUGUCAGGAGAUUUUGAAGAGUCUGCUGAUGAAGGAAAACAAAAGGGAACUGGUUUCUUUAGUAUGUUUAAAAGUCCAAAAGUAAAGAAUAAAAAGAGUCGAUCAAGAGAUCGAAGUAGUUCUAAAGAACCUUCGUUUGAUAGUGGAGAUGAAGAACUGAGACAUGCUACAUCGAAAUUUUUAGAAGAUACAAAAAAAGCAGCUGACAAUAUUGGUGAAUCUGACCUAACAAGAAGGAAGUCUCUCAAAGAUAGUGUCAAAACUGAUACUAAGUCUACAGCUGUUGAAGGGUUAGAUGUCCCGAUUCUUUCACCUGCAUCUGAUUCUUCAGAUUCAAAAAAAGAUUCGGACAAAGGUGGAAUAUUUGGUAUAUUUAAAAGCCCUAAAAGUACUUUGAAAAGAAGAAGUAAAUCAAGAGAAAAAAGUUCAUCUACUGACGUAUCUUUUGAUAGUGGAGAUGAGGAAAUAAAAAUUGCAACAUUAAAAUUUUUAGAUGAUACCAGAAGUAUAUCCGCUAUUAUGGAAGAGUAUCCCUACCCUUCAGCUCCAAUAAGUCAAAGUGAAGAAGAUAAAAAAGAAGUAAUCACAUAUAAAGAUGGAAACAUAAAAGAAGAAGAUGAAGAUGAAUGUAAAGAUGAAGAAGAUAUCGAUAAAAAUAACUAUUUAAUAAAAAUUGACAAGAGCGCUAAACAGAGCGUCGACAUAGUAACUGACGAAGCGAAAGAAUUUGAAGAUGAAGUGAAAGAACAGGUUCAAGAAGAAGAUAAAAAAACUGAUAUUGUUACCAAGAAAGCUUCUAAAGAUAUCAAAAGUAAGGUAGCAGGAAAAAUAACAGAAGGUAAAGACAAAUUAGCUAAAGAUAUGAAAGCAGCAAAGAGUAAGAUUAAAGACGUUAAACCAAAAAUUAAAACUGAUACAGCUAGCAGAGCAAAGGUUAUUCCUGAUUCGGGAGCUGUAAAAAAUCAAACGAAUAGGAAGUCUAGUGGAAAAAGUACUGUAGUAGAAACAGUUAAAACCACUCAAGAAAAACCUACAAAAAUGGGUAAAAUCGCGAUUAAACAGGUCAGUGAUAGUGCUAAAAAACCGAAAAAAACCAAUGGAAAAGUAAAUAACGAAAAUGGUAGAGUCGAAAAGUAUAAAAUUACAGAAACUGUGGUAGCUAUUGCUGAUUCUAUGGAAAAAACAGAAGGUGCAGCAGAGGAAGGAAAUAGAGAAAAAGCGAAGGAAGCUCAAGAAAGAGAAGAAGGAAUUUUUUCAGCUUUGGUUCACGGAGUAGAACAACCAUCAAUAAAUACUGUCGGGAAUGUUCAAGAAUUUUUAGAUAAUACGAAAUACGAAGCUGCGAUAGAAAAAGAGCAAGGUGAAAAAGCUGUCAAAAAAGAUGAAAAAUUCGAAGAAAAAAUAGGUAAUAUAGUAAUUCCAAAGACGAAACAUACU